AUGGGCUACGCACCAAAAGAAGGCCAAAUGGCCUGUGACAAAAAGCACAUGACCUUGUACACCGCUGAACUGAAGGAUUUUCGCACAAUGUGCCUCAAUAUCCUUGCCACUCAUGAGUCUACUAUUCUCGAAACCCUCUGGACAGAGGCUGACGGGCCUGGGAAAGAACCUACCACAGAUACCGAAAAGGCCCAGCUCAGACUGGUCACCAAGGUCAGCUUCACCAAAGGAAAGCCCGACUUCCCUCCACCCUUCACACGUCUCAGCGAUGAGCUUGUCUAUCUCGCUACUAAACACCUCAAAGCUAUCGACCGCGGUCGUAAUUACCCCUACGACUUCCACCUACGCGGCGAUAUCCACGAAGACCGUGUACCAUCAGGCAUAUCCCCUAUCGUCUGGGCCCAUGGACUGCCAUUUUUCCCUGUGUAUAAAGGCUACUACGUGCUUUGCGGGCGCGCUCACGCUGACUGGGUCGGCUGGCUGCUGCGGGCUCGUAGCCACAAGAUUAUGAUAGUGCAUCCAGUCUGGACGAUUGGACCGGUAGUGGCACCUGGGUCGGCUGUUGCACUAGGGCGCACAGUAGAGCGCCAGAUGGUGUUGCAUGUAUCUGGUAGCGCAAAAGAUGUGGACCGGCGUUGGGAGAAGGCUCAGACAGCGCGUGACAUCGUCUCUAGGGCGCAUACUUGCGGCUCUGUGGUUCCAAAGAGCCCGACAGGUGGGUUCAUCAUCGCGCCAAUCUACCAAAUUCAGGGCUACCAUGUGCGCUGUGGGCCAAAUGAUACGGCGUUGGGGAGGAGUGUGGAGAUUGGACGGAGGACGUUGAUGGAUCGUGGAGUACGGGACUUCGACUAUGAUGCGUCGCUGAAGAGGCCAUAUGAGAAUGAAGGUGAUCCGGCGGCUUUUAUGGAAGAUGACGAGGACAAUGAUGAGGACAGCAACAAAAAUUCGAGCGAGUUAGGAGAUUGGGACAAAGAUGAUGAGUUAUUCGUCAUGGAGUCGGAGCAGAGCGCGGAAACUGGGGAGAUCGUGGAAGAGCCUCCUCGAAGGAAAGCAAAAGAUGCCCUUUCAGUGAUUGCUACUUCUGUUGGCAAGAAAAAUUCCGAGGCAUACAUAGAGACUCCAGCUGUAUGCACCGGCAAUUUUAAUGCUAAAAUAGCUCUUCAGCGGUUGAAAGAUAUCACGGCUACCAUCAGUAUGAAGCGUCCAGCGGAGACCAGUGACGCCCCAAGCACCAAGGUAUGCCGGAUCAAGACCACGGCUUUGGGUAUCACCGCUGUCAAAGAAAUAGCCAGUGCCGGAAGUUUCAUUUCCAAUGAAGAUAUCAAAGCCGAAACCUAG